AUGGCGCGUGUCCCGGCCGACGCCCGCGGUGAGCCCUCCAAGACCUCCUCCUGGCGCGUGACGGAGCGAGCGACCGCGACGCACGACUUCGUGGUGAUCGAGUACUCGAAGCUCAAGAUGCUGGGCGUCGGCCAGCACGUCAGCUCCGACGCCUUCCGCGCCGGCGGCCACGACUGGAAGGUCAUGUUCUACCCGAAGCUGGCGCAGGCGGAGGGCAGGAUAGCCGAUUACUGCCCGCCUUUCUUCCCCGGGGGGGCGAGCCUGCACCUCUGCGACGCCGACAAGGACACGGAGCUGAUGGUCAGGUUCACGCUCAGCGUGCUGCACCAGGACGGCCGCGUGUCGCCCAUGGCGAGCCGGACCAGGACGGAGAUCUUCGGCGCCCCGCCGCGGCAGCGCCACGGCUUCAACAGGCUCGUCCAUGGGAGCAUGCUCACGUGGCGGUGCAUCCACAACGACGCGCUCACGAUCCGGUGCACCCUCACCGUCGUCGGCACCAGGGACCCGGUCCCGCCGCCGGAGCUCGCCGCGCACCUCGCCCGCCUGCUCGGGAACGGGAUGGGCGCGGACGUCACGUUCCAGGUGGGCGCCCGUUCGUUCCCGGCGCACAGGAUCAUGCUCGCCGCCCGGUCGCCGAUCUUCAGCGCCGAGUUCUUCGGCGACAUGACGGAGAAGGACACGCCGUGCAUCAAGAUCGUCGACAUGAGGCCGGAGAUCUUCGAGCUGCUUCUCCGGUUCAUCUACACGGAGGCGCUGCCCGGUGACGGCGAGGGUUGCGACGCGGCGACGAUGCAGCACUUGCUGGUGGCGGCGGAUCGGUACGGGCUCGACAGGCUCAAGCAGAUCUGCGAGUUGAAGCUGCACGCUAGCGUUGACGCGGAGACGGUGGACAGCAUGCUUGCUCUGGCGGAGCGUCACAGCUGCCCCAGACUUCGAGAUGCUUGCGUCGCGUGCAUGUCGUCUCUCGAACAAUGACCCGUUCGUCCCUUAAA